CGGUGAAGGAAUCGACCGGAAGGAAAACGGCAAUCCUGGCUCGCCAUUGGUCCGAAGUUCCCCGCGAAAACGACGUCACUCGCAGUUUCGCGCCAGAUCUGCAGCUCACGGACGUACACACAAGAAGAGAUAUUCCAGCAACAUGUCUUCUCCAGCAUCGACUCCCGGCGGCCGCAAACGAGGAAGAAACACCAACCCAUCCACUCCCAGCAGCGAGGGCCCCAUGUCGCCCCCCUCCCAGCGGCGCAGGGGCCAGGACUCCUCCGCCGGGGACCUGAUGCCGAUGCCCACCUCCCCGGCAACCGACGUGCUCAGUCCGGCGGGGCCUCAGGACAAUUCUCUGUUCUCCAGCCCCCGACCCUCAGUCCCCCCCAAUGAGGUGGACAUGAGCUCCCCUCUGAUGUAUGGCACCCCCAGCUCCAGGGUCGAAGGGACCCCCCGCAGUGCGGUGCGCGGCACCCCGGCCAGACAGCGACCUGACCUGGGGUCAGUCAGGAAGGCUCCGGAGGUCGAUCUUCAGUCCGAGCCGCCGAGUGCGGAUGGACCCGCGGCCAGCGAGACGAACGCAGGUCAGCGGCUGGUGAUCUGGGGGACGGAUGUCAAUGUUGGGACCUGCAAGGAGAAGUUUCAGAGGUUCCUGCAGCGGUUCAUCGACCCGACCUCCAGCGAAGAUGAGAACGCUGGUUUGGACCUGAACGAGCCUUUGUACAUGCAGAAGCUGGAAGAGAUCAGCGUCGUUGGGGAUCCGGUGCUCAACGUGAGUUGUCUGCACGUGCAGUCCUUCGAUGCGGAGCUUUACAGACAGCUCAUCUGCUACCCACAGGAAGUCAUCCCGACCUUCGACAUGGCCGUCAACGAGCUCUUCUUUGAGCGCUUCCCAGACUCCAUCCUGGAGUACCAGAUCCAAGUCCGCCCCUACAACGCCCUGAAAACCAGAAACAUGAGGAGUCUGAACCCAGAAGACAUCGAUCAGCUGAUCACCAUCAGCGGCAUGGUGAUCCGCACCUCGCAGCUCAUCCCGGAGAUGCAGGAGGCGUUCUUCCAGUGCCAGGUGUGCGCCUUCACCACCCGGGUGGAGGUGGAUCGCGGGCGCAUCGCCGAGCCGGCUGUGUGCCGCCACUGCAACACCACCCACAGCCUGGCGCUGGUUCACAACCGCUCCGUCUUUUCAGACAAGCAGAUGAUUAAGAUUCAAGAGUCCCCCGAAGACAUGCCGGCCGGCCAGACGCCGCACACGACCAUCGUCUACGGCCACAACGACCUGGUGGACAAAGUGCAGCCGGGGGACCGCAUAAACAUCACCGGAGUCUACAGGGCCGUCCCCAUGCGCGCCAACCCCCGCCAGAGCAGCGUCAAGUCGGUGUACAAGACCCACAUCGACGCCAUCCACUUCCGCAAGACGGACGAGAAGCGGCUGCACGGCUUGGACGAGGACUCGGAGCAGAAGCUCUUCACCGAAGACCGCGUGCAGACCCUGAAGGAGCUGGCGGGCAAGCCGGACGUCUACGAGCGCCUCUCCUCGGCGCUCGCGCCGAGCAUCUACGAGCACGAGGACAUCAAAAAGGGCAUUUUGCUGCAGCUGUUCGGCGGCUCCCGCAAGGACUUCAGCGCCACGGGCCGAGGCAACUUCCGCGCCGACGUGAACAUCCUGCUCUGCGGGGACCCCGGCACCAGCAAGUCCCAGCUGCUGCAGUACGUCUUCAACCUGGUGCCCCGCGGCCAGUACACCUCGGGGAAGGGCUCCAGCGCCGUGGGGCUCACCGCCUACGUGACCAAGGACCCGGAGACCCGGCAGCUGGUCCUGCAGACCGGCGCGCUGGUGCUGAGCGACAACGGCAUCUGCUGCAUCGACGAGUUCGACAAGAUGAGCGACAGCACGCGCUCCGUGCUGCACGAGGUCAUGGAGCAGCAGACCCUCUCCAUCGCCAAGGCCGGGAUUAUUUGCCAGCUGAACGCACGGACCUCUGUGUUGGCCGCCGCCAACCCCAUCGAGUCUCAGUGGAACCCCAAGAAAACCACGAUUGAGAACAUUCAGCUGCCGCACACGCUGCUGUCCAGAUUCGACCUCAUCUUCCUGAUGCUGGACCCCCAGGACGAGGCGUACGACCGCAGGCUGGCCCACCACCUGGUGUCGCUGUACUACCAGAGCGAGGAGCAGAUCGAGGAGGAGUUCCUCGACAUGGCCGUGCUGAGGGACUACAUCGCGUACGCACGGACCUACAUCAACCCACGGCUGAGUGAGGAAGCCAGCCAGACCCUCAUCGAGGCCUACGUGGACAUGAGGAAGAUCGGCAGCGGCCGCGGGAUGGUGUCCGCCUACCCGCGUCAGCUGGAGUCCCUGAUCCGCUUGGCGGAGGCCCACGCCAAGGUGCGCUUCUCCGAGAAGGUGGAGAACAUCGACGUGGAGGAGGCCCGGCGGCUGCACAGGGAGGCCCUCAAGCAGUCGGCCACGGACCCCAGGACGGGCUUCGUCGACAUCUCCAUUCUCACGACCGGUAUGAGCGCCACCGCGCGCAAGCGCCGGGAGGACAUCGCCCAAGUCCUGAAGAAGCUGAUCCAGUCCAAAGGAAAGACGCCUGCCAUGAAGUACCAGCAGCUGCUCGAUGAUCUCAGGGGACAAUCCGAGACUGCGAUCACCAAGGAGCUGUUUGACGAGGCGCUCCGAGCCCUCGCCGACGAGGAUUACUUGACGGUUACUGGGAAGACCGUACGCCUCCUCGCCUGAGACGCACACCCUGCAAUUAUGUACAGGCCUUCAUUUUACAAAUCCCAGCUUUUUUUUCUUGUGCUGUAAAAAAUAAUUUGUACAAUUGAACCGCCAGGUGUUUUGCGGCCGUGUUGGACUUUGAAACACCGCUCAGUUUAGAGACGUCGUUCAUAAUAACUGCGUGACUCAUUCAAACGGAAAAAAUAAUAGAGCUAAUAUUUAAAUGUUGUUGUAUUACAUUUGUUUACCUAUUUGCAAGUAAUGUUGUUUUGUUUUGUUAAGAAGCUCUUUUUUUCCAACUUGUACAUUGUAAUCACUCUGGUUUAAGUCACUUGUUAUUCCAGAGAUUAUUGUAGCUGUAACAGUGACUACUUAUUAAGAGGGAAAAAUAAAAUGUUGCUCACUGAAAAUGA